GGCCCGCCGCUUUCCGGGCGUUUUUUCCUGCGAACAGGAGAAUCCCCGGAUUUCCAAACCCCCGGAUUUCUGAAUCCCUGGAUUUCCAAAGCCGCGGGCUUCCGAACCCCCGGAUUUCCGAAUCUCUGGAUUUGCGAAUCUCUGGAUUUCCGAGCCCCCGGAUUUCCGAGCCCCCGCUCCAAGGAGUGUCCCGGGAGCCCGAGCGGACUCCGACCCCCUCCCCGACCUGCGGCCGCUCCCAGCGCGGCUCCUGCGCCACUUCCCGGGGAUCCCGGCCCGGGAGGAGCCGCCCGACGGAGCCCCUGCUGCUUUUCCCGGAUUUUGGCUUUUUCCGUGGAUUUUUUUGGCACCGAGAGGGGCCGGGGUGUGGCCGAGGCCGAGACUUCUUCCUUCCUUCCUCAUCCUCCGGCUUCCCCAGGGAUUGCCCCGAGCGCCUCGCCCCGAAAUCGGGGUUUUCCUGGGAAAAGGGAGGACCCCCGGCAGGUCCCGCUGUCCCCUGGCAUGGAAUUGUCGCCGCUCCGCUGCCCCCGGCCCGGACUCUCCGCUGGAUUCCCGAGGCUGUCCUGAGGCCGGCCAGCUGGGCUCGCGUGCCGGUGGCCACCAUGUCCACCAAGGUGCCCAUCUACCUGAAGAGGGGCAGCCGCAAGGGCAAGAAGGAGAAGCUGCGGGACAUCCUGUCCUCGGACAUGAUCAGCCCGCCGCUGGGGGACUUCCGCCACACCAUCCACGUGGGCAGCGGCGGCGAGAGCGACACGUUCGGGGACAUCUCCUUCCUGCAGGGCAAGUUCCACCUGCUGCCCCGCAGCGACGGUGACCGAGGCGGCGGCGCCGAGGCGGCGGCGUUCGAGUUCUCGCGCACGGCCACCAUCUCCGGCGGCGAGGCGGCCGCGGCGCCGUCGCCGCUGCUCAAGAACGCCAUUUCGCUGCCGGCGCUCGGCGCCGCACAGGCGCUGACCCUGCCCGCGGCGCAGGCCCCGCCGAAGCCCCCGCGGCUGCACCUGGACGAGGCCGCGGCGUCGCCGCCGUGCCCGCGGCUCGCCGCGCCCGCCAACGGCGAGGCCGAGCCCUUCCUGUCGCACGCCGGCUCCCUGCUGUCCCUGCACGUGGACCUGGGGCCGUCCAUCCUGGAGGACGUGCUGCAGGUCAUGGACAGGCACCGGGCCGAGCGCGGCGCCGGCGCCCGGCCGGAGAUCCUGACGUGAGGGCGGCGCCGGGUGAAGGCGCUGGGAAAUGGACGGUGAAGGAGGAGGAUGGGGAGGAGGGCCUGGGGUGUUUUUCGGAUGCGGCGCUCAGAUUCCAGCUCGGAUUCCCGCGUCUCCUCACGCCAGGUGAGGGUUCGGCCUCGGGCUCUCCCACCCUCCUCGGUGCCAGAGCUGACCCCGGGAAACGCGACCCCGCGGGAUGAAUUCAUCUUUUGGGAUGAAUUCCAGAAGAUUCCGGCCAGGAGGACUCGGGGGCACAGGGGGGUUUGAUCUCCACGGCUCUGAACCUCCUGAACGGUCACGGCGCUGUCACCUCAACUUCUGCUCCAUGAAAUCCUCUGAAAGUCCCACAGUUCGGGAAAUCUCCACCGGGAAAUCUCCGCCGGGCUCCGUGUCUCUGUGGAGAAGCCAAAACUCCCGGUGGAGGAGCUGGGAUCUCCCAGCAGGGCUGUUGUUUUAGGAACUCAAUCCAUGGAGGGGCCAAAAAACCCCUCUGGGGCCGACAGGACCGGGGCUGGGGCUGGAAAUCGUCGAGGAGACGCAGAACCAACCAGAAAUCCCAACGUGAGGCGCAGGUGGAUCCCGGCAGCGGCGGAUCCGCCGCGGAUUGUUUGGGUGCAGUGGGAACAGGGCACGCCCGGGGGAAUUCCAGCUGGAUUUUGGGGAAUAGGGACAAAAACCCCGGCUGGACACGCUGCUGGUGUCCCUCCGGGACAGGGUGGGACCAGCGGGGCCUCCUUGUCCAGGCUCCUGUCACAAAUUCCAUCCUUUCACCGAUUUCUGGGAGUUUGAGCCCAGAACGGAUCCCCCCAGGGCGGAGUCGAGGCCCCUCCUGACCCGGCUGCCUCAUUGCCUCAUUGCCUAACGAGUCUAAUUUAGAUUAUCUGACUAAUGACUCAUUAGAUUCACGUUAACGAA